CACAUUGAGACCGCUUUCUGAUUGCGGGCGCAUCUGCGUAUCCGAAUGUCAGCCGGCAAAUAUGCUGUUCUACUCGUUUUUCAAGUCGUUGGUCGGGAAGGAGGUUAUAGUUGAGCUUAAAAAUGAUCUCAGUGUCCAUGGAACAUUGGACUCAGUUGACCAGUUCCUAAAUCUCAAGCUGACAGACAUAGACGUAACAGAUCCAGACAAAUACCCACAUAUGCUCUCGGUAAAAAACUGCUUUAUAAGAGGGUCGGUAGUCAGAUAUGUCCAGCUUCCAUCAGAAGAGGUGGACACACAACUGUUACAAGAUGCAACAAGAAAGGAGGCGAUGCAGAAUAAGACCUGAGACUCCCCAUGUAUAGAUGCAUUUUAUAUUUCCUUGUAGGUCCACUAUUAUCCAGCAGAGAAUGUAUUAGUGCUCUCCCAUGCAAAAUCUAUCCUUGCCUUUGUAUAUCCAUAUUUAUUGAUGUUUGCCUGUAAUAUUUUAGAAUCACUGCUGUGUAAAAAUAUUUGUCUCUUUCUGUAGUAAAUAUUGUCUUUUUUCCAACAAUGGAAUUAAAACACUUUACCUCUU